AUGCCAUCGUUCUCACAUGACGCCUACCCGACAGCAACAGCGACAGCUACCUAUCCUCGUUCAUUCGAGUCGCCUCGCAAGUCGCACGACAAAUCCUCUGUCGGCAACACUUUCUUGUGGACCAACUGGCCCAACCCACCAAGCGGCGACGCCCACCUCGACGCCCACCACGACGCCCACCAGAAUGAUCGCCAAUUGUCUACAAACCUGAAAAACGGGAGUGUGUACUCGCUGAAUGGCCGAUCAAGUAUCAGCUCUUACACGCGCGAGAUGUCCUACUCCAAGGAUGACAGCAUACACUCUUUAGGAAAUGGUUCCGCCAAAGAUCCUCGAGAUGGCGGUCGGCAGUCGGUCUUGUUGGAUGGGAAGUCAUCAGAUGCUGGACCCGGAGCAGGCUCCACGACAGCACCCUCCAUCUCAAGUCAGCUGGCUAAUGGCCUAACAAUCCAAAGCCACCGGCAAUCAGCGCCGGGAAAGCCAAUGAUCAAUAGUGAUCUUCACCGUCCCUCUGCCGAUGAACCCUUUAUUUCCGACAGGCCGACUAGUCCUUCCAAUUCCUUGUUACAGAUCCCAAAUGGCGAAGACACGGGUCGGCACUCUCCCGACCUAGAUCGGUUGAGCCCAGGACCGAAGUCCAGUCAUCACCGUUACUCCUCCCCUCCCGUACCUUCUAACAUUGACACAACUCCCAUACAAGACUCCCAACAGUCUACUAUACGACAUCGGCAUUCCCUACAGGUUCCGCGGGCCCUCAGCACCCGUCGGAAUAGCCGAGACCAGAACGAGGAGGUUGCUUCCAGCAGCGGUCGAUUAUCCCCAACUGUUGGCGGACAUCGACGCACGUCGCUCGGCCUAAUUCGUCGGGCAACAAAAACCCAGUCGGAUCCUCCCCUGGAUGAGACACUGCCUGAUGAGGAUGCGGCCCGAUGGGCAGAGGCGAUUAAGCAAAAAAGAGCAUCACGACGGCGGCGCGAAGAUGAUGAUGAUGAACGCGUAAUUGUGGGCACCAAAGUUGACCAGAAUCAUGUUAAUUAUGUCACGGCGUACAACAUGUUGACGGGAAUUCGUUUCACGGUAUCUCGCAUCAACGCAAAGAUGGAUCGGGAAUUAACUCCAGCCGACUUUGGAGCCAAGCAUAAAUUCUCUUUUGAUAUUACCGGGAAUGAGUUGAUCCCUUCAGCCAAAUACGACUUCAAAUUCAAGGACUAUGCCCCCUGGGUUUUCCGGCACCUCCGAGCCAAGUUUCGCCUUGACCCUGCCGAUUAUCUCAUGUCCCUCACCAGCAAAUAUAUUCUGUCUGAGCUGGGUUCACCUGGCAAGAGUGGCAGUUUCUUCUACUUCUCCCGCGACUACAAGUACAUUAUCAAAACCAUCCAUCACGCCGAGCAUAAGCUUCUCCGGAAAAUAUUGCCAGAAUACUAUCGACACGUGGAGAAAAACCCCAAUACAUUGAUCUCGCAAUUCUACGGCUUGCACCGAGUCAAGAUGGCAUAUGGCCGCAAGAUUCACUUUGUUGGCUCAACCAUUGGUCGAGAUUUGCAAGAGUCAGAUCUUGAACGAAACCCACGUGCAACGAUGAAAGAUCUAAACUGGGUUCGAAGGAAUCGAUAUCUCCAAUGCGGACCUGCAAAACGUGAUUUCUUCGUUGAGCAGCUGAAGCGCGACGUCGAGUUACUGAAAAGGCUCAAAAUAAUGGACUACUCACUUCUAGUGGGCAUUCACGACGUGGAACGAGGCAACGAAGAGAAAUUGCGCGACAAGACCCUUCAGGUCUUUCAGCCUGGGGGUGAUCGUGAAGAGGAGGCAAGCCCUAACAUGCUGAUGCGAACCCCCUCCAAACUUGAGAAUGAGCGUAAAGCCCGAGAACUCCGCAUGUUAAUAAAGCGCGAGCGACCUGUGCCCUUGGAUAAGGCAGCUGCGAAGAUGCCGGAAGAAAUACUCGACGAGCGCAAGUAUCAUGUUUUCUACGCAGAUGAUGGAGGCUUCCGCGCAACCCAUGAAAAUGGCCAGCCGGGCGAAGAAAUCUAUUAUCUGGGGAUUAUUGACUGUCUGACCCAUUACGGAACGGUCAAGAAACUUGAGAAUUUCUUCAAAGGUCUUUCCAAUGACAGAUCUCAAAUUUCCCCCAUCCCUCCGGAGGGGUACGGAGAGCGGUUUAUCAAUUUUGUAAAAGGGAUUACCAUGUCUAAAGAAGAGGCUGACCGCCGACGACAGUCUCGAGCUUCCGACCGGCAAUCAGGAGAGAAGCGACAAUCACGAUCGUCAUCUGUGGAGCGAACUAUGCAGGUGGCCGAGAAAGAGGCAGCCAAAGAUGUGUCGGUCACACACCCUCGAACCUUGGCUACUGUGUGGGACCCUGCGGAUGCUGCUGGACCUGGACCAACUUCAACCCUUCCCAUUGUGGACGAAGCUGGCGAGGCAAGUAGUAUAGGCGGCCACAGUUCACAUAGCCGGCAUGGUCGUCCUGGUACUGGCAUCGAUAAGGACCUACCCCCAGCUCCACUUGAUGAACCUCCCCAGCCCCCCUAG